AUGUCCCUUCAGAGGCCUCGUCUGUUGGACGACGUCCCAACUAUUCAGCAUGCGGCUGCUCUGGCUCUUGGAAGGCCUGCCAACUACAACGAUGACCUGUCUGAGGCACCAGGAAAGGGAGACUACUGCUGCCUCAUCCCAGCUGUUUGGAUCUACACUGAGAAACAAGCUUAUGCUACAAGAGAAGAUAUUAAGUUCCUGGCUAUGACUGAAGAUCCUGAUCCACAAGAGUUUCAAUGGUAUUUUGGGGACCAAACAGCAGUUAGGACUCCAUCUAGGACAUUUGUUAAGAAUUACCUCCAUCCAGACAGGUAUAACAUUACAGUCAGCGUCUCCAGCAGCCACGGCUCUGUUAGCUCAGAUGUGUAUACUGUAGUGAUUCAAAGAGCUGUGCAUCUUAACAGACUGCUGUACACUCGCUCAGUGCUGCUGAACACAUCAGUGCCUUUUAGCUGCAGGAUCAACGCUGGAACAGAUGUCACUUAUCUCUGGGAUUUUGGAGAUGGAACAAGAAGAGUUGGAAAGGACACUGAACAUCAUGUGUUUAAAAGUACAGGGGAGUUCAUAGUAGAAGUGAUCGUCUCCAACCUAGUGAGCUCUACCUCUUUAAAAGGACAUAUGUUUGUCAUCCUUGAGCCAUGCCAACCUCCAUCUGUGAAGAACAUGGGACCCAGCAAGAUCCAGGUGUGGCGUUACCAGCCUGUGUGGCUUGGUGUGACGUAUGAAGAGCAGAUCCAGUGCAAUAUCUCCAAAGGUCUCCACUACAGCUGGACUCUGUAUGGACCGACUGGACUGCAACUCUCUAUCACAGGCAUCAAAACAAACCAACAACAUCUGGAGCUUCCAGGGUACCUCCUUCAUUAUGGCACAUAUAGAGCUGCAGCUAAGGUUCAGGUUGUAGGCAGCAUAGUUUACAGCACCUACUCUGUACUGCUUGAGGUGAUGCCGAGCGCACCUGUGAGCAUCAUCGGUGGAGGAACAAAUGUGUGUAUUAAUCGUCACAACAGCAACUCAAACAUCACUGUGGAUGGAUAUAGGUCAUAUGACCCAGAUUUUCCUGAGACCAUUAUGAGUUACAGGUGGAAGUGCAAGCCAGUAAACACGGCUGAGACCUCCUGCUUCUCUAAGCAGGUUCAGACUUCCUCUGCAUUGCUGACGUUUCCUGCAACAUCUCUGAAUUCUAACUGUGACCUGUUCAAGUUGACACUUACUGUUCAAAGCGGAAAUCGAUCCUCUUCCUCCGAGAUGUUCAUCACCAUGACAUCCAAACCAACCAGCAUUAUUCAUGUAUCUUGCAAAGAGUGCAGAGGAAAUUCUGUCAACUGGAGCGAAAAAUUUUCAGUCACAACUGCAUGUAAACGCUGUCCUAUAAAUAUCACCUACUCCUGGAAGCUAUAUUUAGUAAACGCAUCUAGCAAAAGCAUACCAGAUGUGCCUUUCUGUGGCAGUUUGGACAUAAGCUUACCUUCUAAACUGGAGGAGGAUGAAAGCUUCUUUCAGCAGCCUGCCACGUCUGUGCCUCUGUCCAUCCUAAAUCACUAUGAAACAUCCAGCAGUGAUGACAUUAAGAUCACAGAUGACAGUGUUGUCAGAUGGCCCAGGCGGAGGAGUUCAAUGGAGCAGAAGAAUCCAUCCCUUUUAGUCCUGCUGUCUGAGAGUGCAUCAGCUGAAAUGGGUUCAGGUGAUAUCAAUGACAUGGAUUUUGCUCCGUUCCAUUUUCCAACCGAAAAUAAAAACAUGAGCGAGAAGGAUUUUGUAGCUGAAUAUCCUGAAGAGCAUGGAUAUCUAGACUAUGAAGAUUUUUAUUCUGGGAUAGAGGAAGCAGACUCAGGGGUUUCAAUAGGCCGACCAAAUGGACCCCACAAUUUAGACAAUUCGCAUUCAAGCGAAUAUGAUGGUGAUAACCUGGUAGGUCCUGGUAGCCUCAACCGUGUGGUGUCUGAGAAAACCCUGCUGGAUCUUCACAGAGAGCUCAUCCAGCCUGCACUCUUUGAGUCCUUCACAUCCACAGGAAUAUCCUCUCCUGUUAUCACAUUUAAACCCAUGAUGCUAACGCCGAAAAGUCUUUACAUGCUGGAAGUCUCUGCAAGUUCUGAGCAGGUUCUGCAGGGAAAGACCCAGCUGUUCUUCUCCACACACCCUGCUCCAGAGGGGAUGAUGUGCUAUGUGCAGCCCAGCUCAGGUUUUGAGCUCCACACACAAUUCAGCAUCUUCUGCAGUUCAGGAAAAGAGGAUCUCUUGUAUGAAUACAGCUUUAGUGUGGGAAACUCAACAAAGAAACUUGUUUAUCAGGGCAGAGAUUAUCAACACUAUUUUUAUCUUCCAUCAGGAGAUCCAUAUGAUGAUUACAAAGUCACCAUCUACAUUAAAGUUGGAAACAGAUUUGGAGCAUCUACCAAGCCAUGUCCUGUGAACGUCAAAGUUUGGCCGAGUUUUAAGAGAGAUUCAAUGCCUCUUUCCAAUCCAGAUGAGAAAUUGUUUGUGUAUGGUCUGAGGAAUCUAACCACUCUAAUACAGAUGGAGAACCCCCAAGACAUUAUGAAUUACAUCUUUCUCCUGACUUCCACAUUGAACCGUUUGAGUUUAGACCCAGAAUCUUGCGUGAAACUACAGACACAAACACGAGCCGCUCUCAUUUCAGUGAUUUGUCAACUGGAUGCCACAAACCAGGAACUGCUGUUUGAUAUCCUUCACACUCUUGUAGAUCUUAUGAAAGUUUCCAAUCAAGUGACGUUUGACAGUGCAGUACUGGUGACAAAAUAUAUUCAAAAUCUAUCCUCCUUUCGUGAGUCCAACUUAUUGGAUGUGUGGGUGGUGAAGGCUGUCAUACACAUCCUCUCAUAUAUUCUGAAAGCUCAGAUUCCUUCUUCCAGGUUAACACUUGAUGUUCUUUACAUCACUACUGAAUCAGUGUUGAUAUACUUGCUGUCCAGGAGAGAGCCUCAGUUCAGUCUGAAUACCACGUUCGUGAAUGGACAUGUUGCUGACAUGAAACUCUUCAACUGCAGCACCAGAAGAGAAAUCAAAAUGAGACACUUGUCCACUCGACUCAUCAUUGAGUUCCAGAAGCGAGAAAAGAGCACAGGGGUGAAGUUCACACUCUCACGCUCUGAAGUGAACACUCAUCAGUUCAACAUCACAGCUGAACUUCUGAAAAAGGCUGUGCAGAUUAUAGUGAAGUUCAGAAGACCAUCAAGAUGCGCUUUCCCCAUCUUGCUGCUCUUCAGAAUGCACCAAAGACCAACGCCUUCUUUGUACAAUGUACAUAAGGUCUACCAUUGGAAAGGACAAGUGGCGCAGAUCUUUCUACCUGCUUCAUCAUUGAAAGAUGCUGGGAUCGCGUACCUGAUGCUCCUCAAUGCAGACUAUGAUAAAAGAGCUAAAAAUAAGUACAUAGCAGAUGAAGUGGACUAUACGCUAAGUGUUGAUUCCACUCAAUGCUUAGUUUGGGAUGGUGUAAAAGAUUGGAAAUCUGAUGGAUGUUCUGUGCUCCCAAGCUUCACCUCAACCAAAGUCAACUGCAGUUGCAACCAGCUCUCAUCAUUCACUGUUGCACAUCAGAUGAUCCAAAGCAUUCACAGUAUUUCAGACAUCACUGAAUACAUAAGCAUCCAUGCCAACCCGGUGGUGUUUAUUGUAAUGGUGGCAGUAAUGGCUCUCUACGCUGUGCUGUUGGUGUUUUGUAAUCAUGCUGAUAUUCAAGUGGAAAAGAAUUUGGGAACAUUCCUCCUGCCAGACAACAGUCCUACAGACCAGUUCCUCUAUGCUGUUACUAUCGACACAGGCCUUAGAUCAAGGGCCAGAAUGACAGCAAAGGUUUAUAUAGUUCUGUAUGGUGAGAAAGGAGUAUCUCAAACGAGAGAGCUCAGCAAUCCUGACCACACACUCUUCACCCGCAAUUCCAGGACAACGUUUAUUCUGAGCUCAGCCCAGAGUCUGGGCCAAGUAUGGCAGGUGUGUGUGUGGCACGAUGGUGGAGGUAUGUCUCCCAGCUGGUUCCUGAAACAUGUGAUGGUGAAAGACAUAGAAGAUGGAUCAACUUGGACCUUUCUGGCGCAGUGCUGGUUGGCAGUGGAUGAAGGAGAUGGACGAGUGGAGCGAAAGCUGCUUGCUUUAGACAGACAGCUAACAUUCAGAGAGCUGCUGUGUCUAAAUCUUACUGAUUACUUAGAGGACUUGCACCCAUGGCUGUCUGUUUACAGUCGUCCAUCUUACAGCACGCAUACACACACUCAGCGCUUGAGUGUAUGUCUCCUGCUGCUGCAGGCUUACAUGUGUGCUAACUGCAUAUUCAUAUUCUUUCAAGAAGACCAGUACUGGUUGGAGUCAGGUCUGAUUGGUGUUUCACUGCUCUCAGUGUGGACAGGACUGUGUGCUCUUACUCUGCUGCCUUUAGGCUCUCUUAUGUCCUUCCUCUUCCGCAUCAGCAAGACAAACAAAUAUGGCAGCCAUUCAGGGGAUCAGUAUAAAGUCCGAAUGCCUUACAUCUUCUCUGUAGAUGAUGCAUUUCUGUUGAGGGAUGAUGUGUCUGAGCUGAACGAUUCAUGGAGCACAGUUUCACCAUGGAGGAAUAAAUGUCAGGUCUUAAAGGCAGGUGAUUUGGAGUCUAUGUCCUGCGUGAAACUGACAGAAAGCUCUGCACUGCAGAAAUCCACUGACUCAGUCUCUUGCAUUGAAAUUAUUGAAGAAAAUAUUCCAGAUGACAAUGACAAAUUACAAAGCAAACGCUUCAAAAACACAGAAUUCAACCUCCAGACUAGCUCUUUUAAAGUAAAUGGAUUCUCAAACAGUGUUUCUAGAAGAAGCAGAACUCUGCAAGCUUGGUGCUACUAUGGGACGUGGGCUUUGUGGCUGUUUUUGUCCAUCACUUGUGUAAUCAUUACUGGAAUUCUGGGGCUAAAAUUUAGCUCUACAAAGUGUCUCCUGUGGAUUCACUCAGUAUUUUUCUCUUGGCUUUUCUGUGCUUUCGCAGCACACCCAGCACUGAUAUUUAUUGUUGCGGCAUGUGAAACUCUACGAAAACGAGAUCAAGGCUAUUUGUGCCAAAUCUCAGCUGUUGAGGAGCCAGUCAUAGAGCUGCUAAAAAAUAACAGACAAAAUGGAGCCUCUGUCAAGAAGCAGCCUUUAUCCAGCUCAUAUCGUCACACAGAGGAGAUCAGUAUGAAUUUUGAAAAGGUGCUGGCAGCCCGUCAGAGAGCUAGAUACCUGCGGCUCGCACGUCCACCUACUUCCACUGAGCUUCAAAGUGUGAGGAGCCAAAUUAAAAAAACGACACAUCUUCAGAAAACAAUAAGAGAACUGGUGUUAUAUGUCAUCGCCUCAUGUGUAGUUGGCGUGGUGGCUUAUGGAAAAUCCUCCACUGAUAAAUUUUAUCUGAAUCAGGCAGUCAGAGCUCAUUUUACUGGAUCGGAAGCAUCCAGCAGGCUUAAGACACUGUGGACUUCAGGCUGGAUGCACAGCUCCACCCAUGCCAUAAAGCUGCAGUUUACUUUAUACAGCCCUGUUUAUAACCUCUUUACCACCGUCACCAUGCUUGGAGAAAUGUCAUUCAUGGGAGCUGUUCUAUCCUCAGUCUUCAUUUCCUCUACCAGACUUCAUCACUCUGCCUGUGCCCUUGAUUACUGCACUACAGCUGGAGAGGUGAUUGUAGUCCUGCUCAGUCUCCUGUGCUUCGUCUGUUCAGCACAUCAUUUCACACUGAUCACAGACACAAUGGAACACCUGCGGAGAGAGAAUUUCAAGACCUUUGUCGACUUAAGUCCUGCAUCGUCUUGGGAAGAGUGCACUCAUUCACUUUAUGGGCUCCUUCUGUUCAUUCUUCUGAUUAAAUGUUGCUCAUUGCUACACCUAAAUGAAGCCAUGGCCACAGCUGUAUCUACAGUGAUAGUAGUCUUCUCCAGCCUGCUUUGUCCUGUGAUAACUGGUGUGAUCCUUAUUUUUGCUUUCUCUUCCAUGGGGAUCCUGGAUAACUUCCCAAAAUCAGUUUAUUCUCUUAUCACACCUCGGUUUGGCAUCAGAAAGCUUGGAGAUUCGCAUAAAAAUCAAGCUUCUUGGUUGCUUUGCUGCUACUGGGGCCUAAUCUGCAUCGUGUCUUUUGCAGUGAAAGCAAUGGUAACGGGUGUACUCAGUUCCGUUGUAAAAAGAGCUAAAUCUAAGAGGAAAAAACAUCAUCUAUCUGUCUCUGACCUCUGCACUUAUAUCCGAGAUGAGGCUCUGGCACUUGUUGGAAAAGGCAGGCAGAAGUGGCCUGUUUAUCCUAAGAGUAAUAAUUUUGUCCUGGAAGAGUUUGAGGAUCUCGUUGAUGAGCUCCUGCUCAAGCUUAAUGUCAUUUCCAGUAGUGAUGAAGAGCAGGACAACUAUGAGGACCAGAGUCCUCUCCAAUCAGCAUAUGACUACAGCUCAGAGCUACAUCUGCUUUACAGAUUCUAA